UUCGCCUCGGCGACAAGGAGACUCGCAGCGGCCAUCUUCAGAGCCGGGAGGACGAAGCGGCGAUAUCGCUCUCCCUGCCCGUCGAGCGGCUCUGGUGUCGAAACCGUUCGCGACCGAUAGUGUUACCCUACCAGCCUGGCAUAACAAAAAGAAAAAAACUGCCCCACACCAUCUCCUCUCCUUCCUCCCCCAGAGAACAACUCCCACCACCAGACAGACCACAAAGAUGGUGAAGAUCUUCGUGGGCAACGUGAACGCUUCCACCACGGAGGCGGAGCUGCGCGCCCUGUUCCAGCGCCAUGGCGAGGUGACAGACUGCGACAUCCUGAAGAACUACGGCUUCGUGCACAUGGAGAAGGAGGACGAGGCCACCAAGGCCAUCGCGGCGCUGCACAAGCACGAGCUCAACGGCUCCCGCAUCACUGUGGAGUACGCCACCACCAAGAUGCGCAACGCCACCAAGAUCCACGUGGGCAACGUGGCCCCCACCGCCACCACGGGCAAGAUCAAGGAGCUCUUCCAGCGCUACGGCAAGGUGGUGGAGUGCGACAUCGUCAAGAACUACGCCUUCGUUCACAUGCAGAGGGAGAACGAGGCCCUGGAGGCCAUCGCGGAGCUGAACCGCACCAAGCUGGAAGGGCAGAAGAUUUACGUCUCCCUGUCCCGCAGCAACCAGGCAGAUGACGGAGAGGAGUAUGGUCCUUACGAUCACCCCUACCCUCCCCCACCUCCUCCUCCUCCUCCCCCUCCUCACCACCACCACCCUCACUACCUGCCCCCUCCUCACCCUCCCGCUGAUUACUACCACCCCCGGGGCCGCCUCCCUCCCCUCCCGCCUCCACCCCCGCCCAGAGCCUACUACGAGCGGGAGGCGUACGAGAGGAGCCCGCGGUACGAGCCCUACUCCUCCUCCCGCUACUACGCAGCGCGGGACCCCUACGAGAGGAGGGUCCCUCCACCACCCCCUCCUCCUCCUUCCUACUACAGGGAGCGCAGCCCUCUGGGAAGCAGGAGGACCCUGCUGCCCCCACCCCCUCCUCCUCCCUCCGCGGCAGCCUACAGUCGCAGCCGAGAGUACGGGGGGCUCCUCUCCUCGCGCUACUCCCUGGGUUCAGGGUUCGACAAGGAUGACUACUUGGAUAAGUACAGCAACGGGUUCACAAGAGGCUAUUAAAAUGUUUUUUUUUUUUUUUUUUAUUGCGUUGAAAGAAUAGUAUACAGGGUUAGGUGUCUGCCUUGAGUUCAGCAGCAGAUAUUAAAGGAAAUUUGUUUUUAAGUUUUUUUUUUUUUUAAAGUAAUGAAAUCCACUCUCCUCAAAAAAAAAAAAAAAAAAAUCUGUUCAUGGCUUGAGUACAAUAGCAGUCCAACUUCUUUUGCAGUUUUACGAUUACAAAACCCAGACUGGCAACAAACCGCUAACAAUUGUAGAAUUAUUAUUAUUAUUAUUAUUAUUAUUUUUUUAAUCUGUUUGCCAUUGCCUCAGCCUUUUGGGUUUCUGAAAUUGUAUCAAAGAUUAAAUCACACAUUAUUUUUUUAACUUGUAAUAACAGCCUGCCGCCUUCUUUUUACAAGAGUGAAAACAGCAAUUUUUUCAGCUAGAAGGGGAAAACUGGUUUGCUUUAUAAAGUAUCAACAGAUCUUGAAACAAAAAAACAGAAAAUAGGAGCCUCCAGCUCUGUCAUCUCAAGCCCAAUUUGUGAGCUUUUUCGUCUGUCGGCUCCCUUUUUUAAAAACCCGUUUUUAUAUUUUAACGUGUGGAAUCGACUGCUGUUGCCCUCAACAUGAAAAAAAAGUAUUGGAUUCAGUGUCUGACCAGCAAGAGCAAUAGACUUCUCUACUAUCAUCCAAGAACAAGAGGCUGUGAGAGAAAUCACUGAGAAUUUACCCCAAUAGCUGCCUUAAUCGUUUACCAGCUGUUGCAGUAGAACCCAUAUGAUGAUGAUAAUUUCUAGAAUCAAACAGAUCAAAGCUUGUAAUGUUUUAAUAGCCUCUUCCUUGAAUCUCUCUGUACAAAAUCUUAAAAGUAAGUUGGGAAUCUUUUUAGAUAGUAGAAAAAGUUCCUACCCAACUCUCCCUCCCCCUACUCCCCUCUUCCAUCCCUCUCUCCAGUUCCACAGACAAACACACCCGCACACGCGAACGAACGAACGAAGAUUCAACGCAACCGAAAGACUGGGGGAUUCACAUAUAAAACAAAAUAAAAAACGGACGGCAAAAUCCAUUCGAACGUUUCGGAUACGGCAAGCUGUUUCAUUAUUGUGCAAGCACAAGCAUCAAAGCCCGCCGUUGCUUUCAAUAAAAAAAAGAAACGGCCGUUUUUUUUUGGUUUUUUUUUUAACGAACCUGACGUUCCGGACGUUCGUCUGCAUCAUCGUUUGUUUUUUUUUUUUUUUUUUUUUAAAUGUUAUAAAAGAUUUGACAACGAUUGUAAACCGUAAUUGUGUGUACAAAAACGAAAGCCAACAAAGAUAUAUUUUGCUUCCUGUUUUGUUUUUCUCUCUCUCUUUCUGUGUAAUCGCCACUUUCGUUUUGUUCUUUUGAUUCUAGUCCUGAACGAAAAAAAAAAAACUAACUGUAAAUCCAAGCUUUGUUUUCCCCCGAAAAGCUCUGUUUCCGAUGUCUCAUGUGUAGCUGUGAACGGACCGUGUUCAGAUUGUGUGUUCCGGUAAUAAUAGCUCCAUAGAAAAGUUACGUCAGCCUGCUCUUAAGUCUUAUCCAGUUUGUCAUUCAGCCGCUGUUGUACUGUCUUGCGCCUAAACAAGAACGAUUUUGUAAAAGUUUGCACCACAUUUGUUCUACAAGUCUGUAGAGAUAUAAUUAUUUUUGACGGCUUUCGGUUUAGUUUGGGGGUCAGUCAAUGAUCGAUGGAGUGUGAAGUAAUAAAAGAUUCCUGUCAACGA